AUGACUUUGUCAUUGUUGAAUCCAGCUAGUAGUCAAGGAAAUGUUUCUGUGAAUGCAAUUGUUGGUAUUGGGGGCUUAGGAAAGACUGCACUUGCCCAGUUGGUGUAUAAUGAUGAAAAGGUUAAAAAUUACUUUGAGAAGAAGAUGUGGCUGUGUGUUUCUGAGGAAUUUGAGGUGAAAUUGCUAGUUAAGAAGAUCCUUGAAUGUGCAACUAAUAAUGAGGUGCCUAAUUUAUUAGGACUAGAACAAUUGCGUAUUCGCCUUAAAGAGAAUUUAGAAGGGAAGAGGUAUUUGUUGGCGUUAGAUGAUGUAUGGAAUGAAGAUCAGAAAAAAUGGGAUGAUUUGAAAGCUUACUUGUUGAUGGGUGCCCCAGGGAGUAAAAUUUUAGUCACCACUCGUAGCACAAGAGUUGCAUUAGUCAUGGGUGUGGAUUCCCCAUAUGUUUUGCAAGGUCUAGCAGACAAUGAGGCUUGGGAUUUAUUUGAAAAAUUAGCAUUUGGAGAGGGGCAUGGUGCAGUGAUGAAUCCUAACCUAACAAAAAUUGGAAAAGAGAUGGUAAAGAAAUGUAAAGGAGUUCCACUUGCAAUAAGGAGUUUGGGAAGCCUCAUGCAUUUGAAAACUAAAGAGAGUGAGUGGUCUUCCAUUUUAGAAAGUGAAUUAUGGAGGUCAUUUCAAACAAGUGAGAAUAUUCUUUCUGUGCUGAAGUUGAGUUACUAUCACUUGCCCACUUAUUUAAGGCAAUGUUUCACUUAUUGUGCCAUGUUUCCCAAAGAUUACGAAUUCGAUAAAGAAACAUUGAUUCGUUUGUGGAUAGCGCAAGGAUACAUUGUCUGUUCAAGUAAGGAUGACGAUUUAGAGGAUAUUGGAGAUCAGUACUUCAAUGAAUUGUCAUCUCGAUCAUUCUUCCAUCAGUCAGAAAGUAUGAAUGGUUAUAAAAUGCAUGAUCUUAUCCAUGAUCUAGCACAAUCGAUAGCAAAGGGUAGGUACUUUGCAGUAGAGAAUGUUUGCGAAGGAAUCCAUCAUGUAUAUUGGCCAUAUUCUUUGAAUGAAAUUGAGAUGCUGGUUAAAGUUAAGGGCAUGAGGACAUUAUUUUUUAAAAGUUUUCCUAAAAGUGAAACAUUAAAAAAGGUUUCAAAUUUUCAAAGGUUACGUGCCUUGCAUUUAUGGUGGAAUAUAAAUGGAGUACCAAAUUCAAUAGCAAGAUUGAAGUAUUUGAGAUAUCUUGACAUUUCUUGGUGUGAGAUGGAAACGCUCCCAAAGUCCAUAACUAAUUUGCAAAACUUGCAAACUCUAAUACUCUCAUUUUGUAGAAGGCUUCGAGAAUUACCGAGAGAUAUAGAAAAAUUGAUCAGCCUUAGGUGCCUCAUGAUUGAUGGAUGUGAUAGCCUAAGAUGCAUGCCAAUUGGAUUGGGGAAAUUAACUUGUUUGCGCCAACUGUCAGAUUUUGUGGUGGCAAGGGAAGAAGGCUCUAAGGGGGCUAUGCUAAAUGAAUUGAAAAGCCUAAACCAACUUAAGGGAAGGAUUGUCCUCCGAAACCUUAGAAAUGUGGAAAAUGUUGAGAUAGAGUCCAACCAAGUGAAUUUAAGGGAAAAGAAACACCUCCAGUAUUUGGUGUUACGUUGGAGAUAUACUUAUCUUUAUGAUGGCCCUAUUGAUAAUACUGUAGUUGAAAAGAAUGAAUUGUUGUUAGAAAAGCUUGAGCCUCAUCCAAAUUUACAAUCCUUGGUUGUGGAAAGUUUCAUGGGUGUGAGAUUUUCAAGUUGGUUGCCUUCUAUCACAAAUUUAUUAGAUAUUACCCUUAGGGGUUGUCUAAAAUUGAAGCAGCUACCACCGUUGCACCAACUCCCUUUUCUAAAAACCCUUUGUCUCGAACGCCUUUAUUCUCUAGAGUAUAUAUCAGAUGAGGAGCCUUCCUUUUUGGCAUCGCCAUCAAUUACAUUUUUCCCAUCGCUGCGAGAGAUUGUACUCACAAAUUGUUUGAAUUUGAGAGGAUGGUGGAGGAAGGAGAGAAGGAGUGGGGUUGAACUUGCUCAAUUUCCUCGUCUUUCAAAAAUGGAAAUUACAUGUUGCAACAACCUUAUUCUAGAUGAUGGUGAAGCCAUUGAAUGGGGAAGUUUCAGGAGUCUUCAAUCUCUUUCUAUUAGUUUUCUUUCAGAAUUGAAAUCUCUACCAAAGGGGCUUCAACUUGUUACAAACCUGCAAGAGCUCACCAUCGAUGAUUGUUCUAGUUUGAUGGCUUUACCAGAUUGGAUAGGCAACCUCACAUCCCUUCAAUGGCUAGAAAUUUCCGAUUGCCCUAAUUUGAGAUCGCUGCCUGAGGGAAUGCAUUUACUGACUUCUUUACAGAAGUUGAAGAUUACAGGAUGCCGAGAGUUGUCUGCAAGAUGUAUGAAGGAAAAGGGUGUGGAUUGGCCAAAGAUUGCUCACAUCCCUAAUCUCGAGAUUCAACCUCCAGGUUUUUGA